GCUUGCUCCCAGUCCUGCCGCGGUUCCCCGUCUGCACCCAGAGUCCAGGCGCGCUGCGCGGCUGGUGGCUGCAAAGCUCCGGGCCGGCUGUACGACCGCCCGCCCCGCACCCGCGGACACUCUCUCGCACGCGCUCCCACGCCCACGGCGGCGCGCACACACUCACACCACGCUGCGCCCCCGCGCGCGCACACACACACUCCCACGCGCACCUCGGAGCGCUGGUCCUGCCCAGGCGCAGUCACCUGUGGAGAGAGAGAGCUGAGACACCAGGGACUUUCUUAUGGCUGACCUGAGCUUCAUCGAAGAUACCGUCGCCUUCCCAGAGAAGGAGGAGGAUGAAGAGGAAGAGGAGGAGGGCGUGGAGUGGGGCUACGAGGAAGGUGUUGAGUGGGGCUUGGUGUUUCCUGAUGCUAACGGGGAAUACCAGUCUCCUAUUAACCUAAAUUCAAGAGAAGCUAGGUAUGACCCCUCCCUGCUGGAUGUCCGCCUCUCUCCAAAUUACGUGGUCUGCCGGGACUGUGAAGUCACCAAUGAUGGACAUACUAUUCAGGUUAUUCUGAAGUCCAAAUCAGUUCUCUCAGGAGGACCUUUGCCUCAAGGGCAUGAAUUUGAACUGUAUGAAGUUAGAUUUCACUGGGGGAGAGAAAACCAGCGUGGUUCCGAGCACACGGUUAAUUUCAAGGCUUUUCCCAUGGAGCUCCAUCUGAUCCACUGGAACUCCACUCUGUUUGGCAGCAUCGACGAGGCUGUGGGGAAGCCGCACGGAAUCGCCAUCAUCGCCUUGUUCGUUCAGAUAGGGAAGGAACAUGUUGGGCUCAAGGCUGUGACUGAGAUUCUCCAGGAUAUUCAGUAUAAGGGGAAGUCCAAGACAAUACCCUGCUUUAAUCCUAACACUUUAUUACCAGACCCUCUGCUGCGGGACUACUGGGUGUACGAAGGCUCUCUCACCAUCCCGCCUUGCAGCGAAGGUGUUACCUGGAUAUUAUUCCGAUACCCUUUAACUAUAUCCCAGCUACAGAUAGAAGAAUUCCGCAGGCUGAGGACACAUGUUAAGGGUGCAGAACUUGUGGAAGGCUGCGAUGGGAUUUUGGGAGACAACUUUCGACCCACUCAACCACUUAGCGACAGAGUCAUAAGAGCUGCAUUUCAGUAACCAGAGAGCAGGAACAAGCCCAUCUUCAUCAAGGAGGAAGACAAUGGUCCUAUGGUGCCCUUGGAUGAGAAAUGAAAACUUUUGAGCUGCAGCUUCAGUUUAUCCUCAAAGCCUGCAUUGUUUGUCUUCCUCUAAUCCAGUUUUGAUGGACAUCUAUGACAGUUUCCUGUACAAUGCUGUAAUGAAAUAUUAGAAAUGGCUGUACAUUCAAAAGAAAUCCCAUAUUAUAUAUCCACAUCACUGCUGCUAGUAUUCAUAUUUUUGCACAUACUGUUUAUUGCUAAUGUGUAGAAGGAAUGAAACUAGUUUUCAGAGUUGUUAUUAAUAUGAAUAUAUAUUAUGUAUUAAUAUUGAGACAGGAAAAAUACAUUACCAGCGUUAGCAGUCAUUCAUUUCCGGUCUCCAACAGAAAAUUCGCUCAUUCAAAGAUGAGUACAAUUCUUGGUAAUAAAAUAAGAAUUUUGAUCAAGAACAGCCUAGAGCUGCAAAAUGCAUUGUAAAAAAUUAGUACAAAUCAUGUCUCAUGUUAUUUUUCAAUACUCAUACCACAAUGUCAGACUGGUUGUCAUGGAAAAUAUUUUGGGAAUUAGUUCAGCAUCAUACCUUAUGCAUUACAUUCUUAAAGGAUUUAAUUGAACAUGUGAAUGCAGUCAUAUUUAUUUGACAUAUCUGAAGCUGUGGUUUCUAAGAAUUUGAGAAAAGUAUAAGAAUCAUGAUUUUAAAAAGGUGGGUACAGUGUACCAGGGUUAGCUUUCUUUUCCACAAACAUAAAUAUAAAUUUAAUAGUAUCCAGUAUUAAUUUAGUGCUUUACACUUUGUAAAACUUCAGAGUGUUUUGUUCUAUGGAUUUCACCUCUUUGUUAUGUUAAAAACAUUUCUUUCAAAAAUGAACAACAAUAUUCUUAUUUUAAUUCAUUUUAAGUACUACUGGUAAAUUGAAGUAUAUACUUAGUUGCAGUUAAAUGUGAUAGAAUUAGAGAAUUUAUGUAAAGAAGUAGAGUGCCUGAUAAAAAGCAAGUACUCAAUAAAUAUUUGUUGUUGUUAUAA